AUGCAGCCUCCCAGCAGAGGAAUCAGCCACUGCCUGGACCAAGAUCUCCAGAUUGCUGAAGGAGAGCAAAUAAUAGAGCAUCCAAGGACAUUCAGAGUGGGACACUCAAGUCAGCAGAGCAUGAGGACGCCUAGCAAAGAGGAGAAUAGGACAUUGGUGAUCUCGGGCAAAAAGCACCUUCCCAUCUAUCCUCCAGGAAGCCAGGAAGAACAAUGGCAACUCCAAAUCACCGCAAGAGGCCGAGUGAACUGUCCAAAAUGUAACAGUGUGAGCAGGAAGACUGUGGAAGGUCUCAAGAAGCACAUGGACAACUGCAGCCUGCAAGUGUUUACAUGCCAACACUGUGGGAAGCAGCUCAAAUCUUCCCCGGGGAUGAAGUAUCACAUCAUGGCUGACCAUAGCAACCCGCCUACAACAGACCACAUUCAGACCUCGGACAAGCGUGCCAUCAAGGAUAAACUCAGGAAAAUCCUCAGACUGUUGGGCAAAGUCAAAUGCUCCAAUGCGGGCUGCACGGCUGCGUUCAGCAGCAUCAUGGGAUAUAUUUACCACAUGAAAAAGUGUGGCAAGGAGCAGGCUGAGCUGGACAAGAUGUUGCUAAGCUGUUCACACUGCGGGAAAAUAUACAAGUCCAAAUCUGGCUUGAACUACCACCUCAAGUCCGAGCAUCUCCCAGUAGGUCUUCCGCAGCUAGAUGGGGCAGCGGAGGAAGUUAUUAGAGUUCGCCGUGCCUCAGCAGUGCUGGCAAAGCGUCACAUGACAGAGUUAGCCAACAAGCUGUGUGAAGAUUGGCCAAAGAGGACCUUUCAGUCAGACUUGGUGCCUGAUGAAAAAAAGUUGAAAUACACACGACCCAGCCUGCCGGCCUUUAGCCAGGAGCUACUGACAAAGUGGAGGAACGAAGUGAAGCUGCACAGGAAGAUCUACUGUCCUAAUCAGGGUUGUGGGUGCGAAUACACCACCGUAUCUGGACUAAAGACUCACCUUGGACACUGUACAAUGAGCGACUAUGAGGUGGGAAAGUAUCGAUGUUUGCUCUGCGCCAAGGAGUUUCAUUCUGAGAGGGGCGUGAAAUAUCACAUUAACGCCGCGCACUCUGAGGAUUGGUUUAUGACCAACAAAAAGGCUUCUGUGAAGUUUCUGAAAAACAAGCCAAGAGAGACGAUCUACCAUGCAGAGCAGAAGAAUAUGGAGCACUAUGAUCAUCCUCACCAACAAACGCAACACCUCAACACUCCUCUCUGCACUCAAGUAGAGCGUUCGCCAGGGCCUGAGUGGCAAGCGCCGAUUGAAAUUGAGGACGCCGACAAAAUGGCGGAGGGGAACCGAAGGGAGCAUGAGGAAAGACAGGCAUAUGAUUUCGAGCAAAGUUGA